AUGGCUCAGUUACUUCAUACACUUCGACAACAAGUAGUACCUUAUCCAAAUGACCAUUUUUCUGGUCGAGGCAUUGUACUUACAGUUGGAUUUAAUCAACUCAAAUUUCUCAAAGUUAAUUUAAAAAUGAUUGAACUAACAGCAACAAAAUUAUCUAUUCAAAUAUGGUAUACAUCAUCUCAAAUUUCGCAUGACAAUAUGAUUGAAUUACUUCGUACGGCACCCAGCAUUAAUGCAAGCGCCUGCUGUUUUAUUACGGCUCAAUGUCGAACUCUAACACAAGUUUGGCAAUUAAAUGCUACUCGUGUCUAUAACCCUAAACUUGACGGCCUACAGACAUAUGGAUUUCCAUAUAAACCAGCAGCUAUUAUUAGUGCUACUUUUUCUGAAGUACUAUUUCUUGAUUGUGAUGCUUUUGUUACACGAGAUCAAGAAGAAUUAUUUAUUUCUGAUCCAAUGUAUCUCAAAUUUGGUGCACUUUUCUAUCCUGAUGCUCAUAAAAGUAGACAAGAUCCAGCUAAAAAAGGAAAAAUAUUAGCAACAAAAGAUGAUAGUGAUCACAUUUGUGCUUGA